AUGGCCCCCGCAAACUCCAAGGCAAACUACAAGACCUACGAGGCCCAGGCCCGUAUGGUCCGCGCCAUCGUCGCAGCGCACCCCGAAGUCAAGUGGAACUACAAGGAAAUUGUCGCAUGCUACGGCUCCGACAUGACUGAGCAUGCCCUGAACCACCGCUUCCGUCGCGUGCGUGCCCAGGCAAGCAUCAUCUCCGAAGGCCGCGCCCGCGGUCUUGACAUCAAGGAACUUUCCACCGACGAGAACAUUCUCCCUGCCACACAGGGAGCCAUCGACAAGAACAGUACGGCUUUUCCUCUAGCCCCUGCUCUCAUGUCCUUACACUCAUAUCUCAUCGCUCACAUUGCCAAGUACUUUGGCCAGUCUACCGCGGAUGGCAUUCAGUUUCAGUUCCGAACCAUCAAGAAGGACGCUGAAGCCCUUCGUCAGACCGCUAACGACGGCGGUGACGUGGCCAACUGCCUCAACCUCGGUGUCGGUUCAAACCUCGCCCCGGGCACGCCCUCGAAGCCUACCCCGUCUCGAAGCCAGCCCGGCAGCCGCUCUGGCAAGGGAGCCAAGCGCAAGGUAGCCGUCGCCCCCGUCUCGAGCCCCAUCAAGCGCUCCCUCUCCGACGACGAGGGUGAGGAUGAUGAGCUCAACUUUGACGAGAUGGACGUCACCCCUUCGAAGCGCGCCAAGACUACCGGACGUGGUCCUACCCGUGGAACGACGCCUUCCCGCUCUGCUGCCGUCAAGGCCGCCGCUACCAUCGCCGAAGCCGCACAGCAGCAGCCCCUGAGCAGCGGGUCGUCCCCCGAAGAGAUGCCCGCUCCCAUCAUCGCGCCCAUCGUGGCCCCGGUUCUCACUCAUCCUCCCCCUCCUCUCAACACCAUCCGUCCCCAGUCCCUCUUUGGCGACGUUGAGCGCAAGCCCCGGCAGCCUCAGCAGCCCCGUGGCUUCAUGACUAACCAUGGCAUGACUAACCAUGGUUCUGGCAUGGGCUUCGUGACUGCUACCACGCCUUGGCCUGAGCUGAGCAGCUUCUCCAGCAACAAUAACAACAACAGCGGCUUCAUCACCCCCGAUGAUCUGCACUACAUGAACUUUGAUGACGGUGAAGGAGAGAUCUAG